UUUGGAACUGCACUACAGGUCCCAGGGGCCCAUGCGGCUGCAGGCUGGUUCCGGACAACGCCUGGUGUGUGGUAACAGCGGCGGACGCUUCCUUCUCGGCAGGCACUUCCGGCGCGGCAGCGGAGCCCACUCAAGAGCGUUAAAGUCCCCGAGGGGAGGGGGGGAGGGCAAUUUAUUUUUCAAGGACUUUAAAUAUUCUUGCACAACGAGGAAAAAGAAGAAAACCUUCAGUGAAUGAGGAGUCUUUGCUUUUGUAGCAUUUUUCUUGAGAAGUGGAUCUUUGAAUGAGGAUGACAAUGGAAGAGAUGAAGAAUGAAGCAGAGACCACUUCUAUGGUUUCCAUGCCACUCUAUGCUGUUAUGUAUCCUGUUUUUAAUGAGCUAGAGCGAGUAAAUCUAUCUGCAGCUCAGACCCUGAGAGCAGCUUUUAUUAAGGCUGAAAAAGAAAAUCCAGGUCUCACACAGGACAUCAUUAUGAAAAUUCUGGAGAAAAAAAGCGUAGAAGUGAACUUUACAGAGUCUCUUCUGCGUAUGGCCGCAGAUGAUGUAGAAGAGUAUAUGAUUGAAAGGCCAGAGCCAGAAUUCCAAGACCUAAAUGAAAAGGCACGAGCACUUAAACAGAUUCUCAGUAAGAUUCCCGAUGAGAUCAAUGAUAGAGUGAGAUUUCUUCAGACAAUCAAGGACAUCGCCAGUGCAAUAAAGGAACUUCUUGACACAGUAAAUAAUGUCUUCAAGAAAUAUCAAUACCAGAAUCGGAGGGCACUUGAGCACCAAAAGAAAGAGUUUGUAAAAUACUCCAAAAGUUUCAGUGAUACUCUGAAAACCUAUUUUAAAGAUGGAAAGGCAAUAAAUGUGUUCGUAAGUGCCAACCGACUAAUUCAUCAAACCAACUUGAUACUCCAAACCUUCAAAACUGUGGCCUGAAAACUGUAUAUGUUGAGAGUUGUACUUUUCAAUGGUGGAUAGGAUACCUUUAUAUGUAAAUUUUAAAGUUUUGACUGUAUAAAUUAUCAGUCCCUCUUGAAGGGACCUAAUGCAGGAUUUCGAAUGGGAUUAUUGCCAUCUUACACCAUAUUUUUGUAAAACAUUGUAGCUUAAUCAUAAUCUCACGAUGAAGAUUUUGCAUCACUCUUUGCUAUUAUCAUUCUUUUCAGAAUUAUAAGCCAAAAGAAUUUACGCCUUAAUGUGUCAUUAUGUAACAUUCCUUAUAAGAAUUGUAAAUAUUUGGUGUUCUAUUUCUGACAUUUUAACUUGAAAGUGAAAAACUGCAAGACUAUGUAUUUAACAAUAUUGGUGGCAAAUAUUCAAUAAAUAGUUUACAUCUGUUAGUUUGUCUGUUUGUAUGUGAACAAAAAAUGUGUAACCUGUUUCCCUAUAAUUAAAGAAUAUAUGCUAGAUGUAAGAAGUAAAAGAAAAUUAUGUGAGUGCUUUAGGUCAAUGGCAUUUUAAAUCACACCAAAAAAAAAAAAGGGCGCUUUCCUGUUUUCCAUUUCAAUCUGAGAGCAAACUUUUUUGAAAUGUGUGAUCCAUUGUUAAACUUUGAGUAAGAUACUAAGCCACACUUCUGUUAUUAAAUCACAAAGACAAAACAAAGGACCCAAAAGUAGCUGUUUGUUUAAAAAAAAUAAAAAAUAAAUAUUAAAGGCAAGGUGCUGCAGUGGGAUAACACUCAUGUUGCUGACAAAUUACACAGGUAAUUGGUCAAAUCUAGUUUAAAUCUCAAUUAAAGGUAAAAUAUGUGACAGGCAUCCUAGUGAGCAUUUCUUUACAUCCCAACUGUGGCAUCUAAUUAACAUAUAUUUUUUAAUUGCUGAGGCUGUUGAGAAACAGGACUAGGUACACUGCUAAUAUUGGUUCAGGAAGGAAGCUUGCGUAACACCAAUCCAUAGCACUUCAUUUUCUUUAUUACUAUCUUAAGCUUUUAAAGUAUGAGCACUGAAUUACAAUAUUUUUAUAUAUGUGUGUGUGUCUCUAUACACACACACACACAGCUGAUUUUGUUCAGCAAAUGACAUUCUGAAAUGUAUAUUCAUUUUACAUGACAAUUAGCUUUAUUUGUACCCUUUCCCGUGAAGAACAACUGUAUUUAAAACUAUCCUGUUUUAGGAAAGACAAGAGUUGUUUCUAUCUUGCAGACAGCCAAUGUUUCGGUAACUGCAAGUCUGUUAAUGGUCUGUUAAUGGUGGUGAGGGACACAUUGUAGCUGAUUUGCCUAGGGAUUCAGGAGCCCUAGAAUUGGUGUCCAAAUGUUACAUCAGUUAGGCUUUGAGGUGAAUUUUUCAGAUGUUCCAAUACAUUGGACUGCUUGAGUCCAAUGUGGUGAUGCUUUAAAUUCUUUAUUGGUAUCCAAAAUAGUGGUAUCCUAAUUGCAUUGUGAGCUCCCUCUAAGGAACAUCGCCCAUAGCCAGGAAUGAUCAGUUCAUAUUGUCU